UUUACAAAUAAAGGGAUCAUCAGUUUUUAAGGAGCAAAGCAAGAAAGCAGUGGGGUCUCAAGAACCUGCAAAAUGUUCCCCAGGCCAGUUUGUAUUGAUGAUUUUGAAAAAUAUGCAAAAACAGUUCUUCAAAAGUCCGUCUAUGAUUACUAUCGAUCUGGUGCUAAUGAUGAAGAAACUUUAGCUGAUAAUACUGCAGCAUUUUCAAGAUUGAAAUUAUAUCCUCGGAUGCUCCGGAAUGUUGCUGAUGUAGACCUGACCACCUCUGUUUUGGGACAGAGUAUCAGCAUGCCUAUAUGUGUUGCACCCACAGCCAUGCAACGCAUGGCUCAUGUGGAUGGGGAGAUUGCUACUGUGAGAGCAUGCCAUUCUGUGGGAACAGGUAUGAUGCUAAGCACCUGGGCGACCUCCUCCAUUGAAGAAGUAGCCCAGGCUGCCCCUGAGGGCACUCGCUGGAUGCAGCUGUACAUCUACAAAGACCGGGAAGUCACCAAACAGCUUGUGAAGAGGGCUGAGAGGAAUGGCUACAAGGGCAUAUUUCUGACUGUAGACACUCCUUACCUGGGCCAUCGCUUUGAUGAUGUGCGCAACAGGUUCCAAUUACCACCACAUCUCAGGAUGAAAAAUUUUCAGACCAAUGAUUUGGCCUUUUCUUCUGAGGAGGGUUAUGGAGACAACAGUGGCCUUGCAGAAUACACAGCUAACGCAAUUGAUUCAUCGAUUAGCUGGAAGGAUAUUACCUGGCUGAAGAAAUUGACAACCCUCCCAAUUGUUGCCAAAGGCAUCCUCCGAGCUGAUGAUGCCAGAGAAGCUGUGGAAUACGGUGUCAAUGGGAUAUUGGUGUCCAAUCAUGGUGCUCGCCAACUGGAUGGAGUGCCUGCCACUAUUGAUGUCCUGCCUGAAAUUGUAGAGGCCGUGGAGGGAAAGGUGGAGGUGUUCUUGGAUGGGGGUGUACGUAAAGGAACGGAUGUGCUGAAAGCCCUUGCUCUUGGGGCCAAGGCUGUAUUUGUGGGGAGACCCAUCAUCUGGGGAUUGGCUUAUCAGGGGGAGAAAGGAGUGAAGGAGGUUCUGGAAAUGCUGAAAGAAGAAUUCCGGUUGGCCAUGGCUCUUACUGGGUGCCGGAAUGUAAAAGACAUUGACAAGACAUUGGUGAGGACAAAUCCAUUGGUUGUUUCCAAGAUCUGACAGUGCACACUAUUUUCUCAUCUGUAUUCUUUCUUUCAGCAUGUGUUUCUUGACAAAGAGACACUGUGCAGAGGGUGACCGUACUCUGUAAUUUUGAGCCACCAUACAAAGAGCGUCGUUCUUCCCCAACAAAAUAGAAACCCCUUUUAGUUCAUUGCUAUUGACUUUUCAAUGGGUGUCCCAGGAUCAUUUAAAAAAUGCACUUGCAUCCUAGGAAUAUAUUAACCGUUAAAAAAGAAAACAUUGAAAAUGAAUUUAAACAACUCAAUUCUCUUUAAAAGGUAAAAGAUGUAUUUUGGCAAAACUUGGGGUACCCACUACUGACAAAUAAAUGACCAAACAGAGAUGUUUGCUCAAGCAAAUUGGUGGAGAUAACCUAAAAAUUGUGUCUCUUAAGACUGAGGUCAUGGGCUUAAGGAUAGAUUGGAGGCAGGGCUGUGAAACUGAUUUGAUGAAUAAAAAGCAGACUUUGCAUUAUUUGGGAUUGUGUCACUUAAUGACAUAUGAUAAGGAGUUUGCUUGUUUCACAACUGAAGCCUUCUCUUGUCCGUGGCUUACUUCUCUUUUGUCCCUCCUGGGUAAUAAAGAUCCGUAUUACCCUAAUUCUUUUGAUCUUUUCUGAUGACUUCUCCACCUCUGUUAUUUUCUUAUUUUCCAACUCAUCUAUUACUAUUACAAUCCUAGGGAUGCCCCCAAAAUCUCCAGGCUAGAAGGGAUGUUAGAAGCUAUCCAGUCCAUGUUGUCCAAGGAUAGGAAUAUCUUCUACAAUAUUUUUGACAAGUGGUCAUCCAGGUUCAGUUUGGAAAAGUGUACUAAAGAAAGACUCACUGCCUCUCAAAAUUAUGAAGCUGGAUUUCUUUCUCCUGAGAAAAGGGUAUCCCUUAGCUGUAGUCCCCUAGCGGUUAUAAAAUCCUUUGCAAGAUGAAAAUGUGGGAGGAUUAAUCGCUAUCUGAAAAUACUACACAUUUUGUAGAUCUUUCCUCUACUUUUCAAACUGGGAUGAUCCCAUUUCUUAAUCUAGCCUUAUAAAAUUCCCUAGCAUAAAAAUUAACUUUACCUGAUUUUUUUAAAGUGACUACAACUAGAGAAUUUUGUUUUCAAGUGUGUAGAGCAAAUACUAUAGUUAUUUGAGUUAGAAUUGAGUCAAGAUUUUUCCUUUUUUUUAAACUGGGAGGGACCUUACAGAGCAACCCCCUUAUUUUACAUAUGAGAAAACUGAGGCCUGGGAAGGUUAUAUAACUUACCAAGGCUACACAGGAAUUGACAGAGCUCGUAUUGUCCCAAUUCGUUUUUAAAAAAUGACUUAUGGAGUCAAUCAAUAUCAAUAAAUCAAUCAUCCAAAGGUAUUUGUUAGGUCCCUGCUAUAUACUAAGAGCUAUGCUGGAUAUAAAAUUGUGCAAUGUGGUGCCUACUAUAUGACAAAGUUUUAAUUUUUUACUAAAUAAUACAUACAAUUUUAAUGCCUAAAAACUUAGGGAUUAUCUAGUUCAAUGCACUCUUUAUGUAAAUGAGAAAAUAGAGACGAAGUGACCGGUUCAAGGUUUCCUAGCUUAUUGGUGGCAAAGCCAUGACUAGAAACAAGAUGAAUUGACUACCAGACUAGAGCUUUACUCCACUACCUCCCUUCUGUAGACUAGAUCUAACCAAAGAGUAAGUUAUUUAUUGGGAACUUGUCCAGAAAGAUCAGAGAACCUCCUCAAAAUUAUGUAAACGGACAACACAAGAGCAGAGCUCAGGAAAUGUGAGUUUUUCUUGUUUUGUUUAGCCCAAAGAACCAUGCUUCCAUUUCCAUGAGGGUUCAUGCUUCUGUUUCAGUGUGGAUCUUCACAGAAAUUUUCAACGUGAGAAUCUAGGCACAGGUUGUGCUGGUAAAUGUUUAACAAUUGAAUCUUCAGAAGGAAGAAAAAAAAAGGGUGCGCAGCAAACUUUCCAGUUCCAUCUUUUGUGAUUAAUAUUUUCUACAACACUUUCUUGUGCGUAGAUAAUUAAACAAUAAAUCAAGGUCUGAUUUGUAGUAUCUUCCAAUUUUCAAGGUAUAAAUGAUCACACUGAAAAUUUAACAAUUGGCUCUCUCAAGCCGAUUUGAGUUGGUUCUAACACACCUCUAUAUUUAUUAAAGCAACAUUUUCAUGAAAAAUCAUAUAGUGACCUGAGCAGGUAUAAAGAAUAUGGACAAGCAAAAUAAAACACAAUGAUUUCUCUAUCUCUCUCUUUCCCUUGCUAAAAAUAGUUCUUUCUUGGACAAACCACUUAAUCUCUAAAUUUAUAUUUUCUGUCUUUAUAAUCUAAUGAAGUAUUUUAAGAUCCUUAAAAUCAAUGUCACAGUCUAAAAAUAAGUUAAUGAGCAAAAUAACUUAAGUCAAACUCAAGGUAGCACCUAGAUUCAUAGCUUUUUGGAGCUAGAAGGGACCUUAAAAGAUUGUCUGGAUCACACCUCUCAUUUUACAUAUGAUGUGACUAACAUUGUUCUAUGUCAAAGUGGUUUCCCUAAUCUCAUACUUCUAGGUAAUGUUGGCAUUUGGGCUAGAACGUAUGUUCUGUUUCCCAUUUCCUAGCCUAGCGUUCUUUCUGUCAUUUUAUUUCCCAACCAAUCCAAACCAACAAGCAUUUCUUAAACACUUAUUAUGUGAAAGGUGUUCGGGAUACAAAGACAGAAAUAAAAACCAUCCUUGCCCACGGGGGCUUACAUUCUACUGACAUUACACUGUAUAAAAUUCAGUAACACUAGGUACAUCUUCUCUCUUCCCAUAUUAUUACUGGUAUGUAAGGGUCCCUGGGCACUUUGUCCUCCCAGUUCUGUGGCCCAGUUCUGUUGUUUUUGUUUGACACCUUUUAGUGCCUGUGAAAGCCAUGCAUUAAAAGUCUUGACUGUCUAGACUUUAGGGAAUGGCUGUCUAGACUAGCAGGGGAGAGAGAUUGAUCCUUCCUUGGAGUCUUACAUAAACAUAGCUCCCAGGGAGAAUAUGGGAAGGGGUCUAUGAAGUGGAAUCCUUCCUGCCCUUCUAUGCUUGGAGAACAUGAAUUCCCUGGACUGUAUGGAAGAAUUGAACUAAAUGGUAUUGAAGUUUCCUCGCGUGCAAUUUUCAAACUGUAUCCAUGUCAGCACUGUGUUAUUCAUUCAUUUGUUUAUCUUGCCAAAACAUUGAAGUUUGUGAAAUAGCCUUGAGCUCAGUGAUGGGAUAGUAUAACAUGAAAGGAAGUUGUGGCUUGAUCUCAAGCAGAGAGAAAAAGACUUUCCUCUUCAUUGUAAAAUUCCUUCUUUAUUUACUGCCUGGUGGACUGUGUUGCAUGACAGUUGCAUAGCAACAAAAUAAAGUUUGUCUGUUUAAGGAAA